AUGGAUGGAGGCCCUGAGUUCGUCAUGCUCAAGUACCAGGCGUGGUUGGAGACGGCCGAUUUCGAGGGCAAGCUGCUCGGCGCCAUUGUCAAGGAAUACCUCAAUCCGACCAGCUUCCGCGAGCCUGAUAACCCUCUUCAGUACAACCACGAGCCCUUCGCCGAAGGCGCCUUCACUGACUUCGCCGUGAGCACCGCCACCACCGCCGGGCGGUUUGGCGUGGCAUCGCUCAAGUCCCUCGCCGACUUCAGCUUCUUCGGCAGGACCAGCGACGAGGUCCACCUCAAAGGCAAGAGGAUCCGCUGGAAGCGGCUGCAGCGCCUUGACCGGUUCUGGGAGGCGCUGUCUCGGGACGCCGCCGUCCGGGCCAGGGUGCCCCGUUGGAUCAAGUUCGGCACCACGUGGUCGGUGUGCCUCGUCGUCGGCAUCAUGAUAUGCGAAGACGUUGACGUGUCUGUCGAGAAUAAUCGGGCCAGGGGCACCAAGGGGAAUGCAGGCACUCCACGAAUCACCAUUGGGGAAGAGGGCAAGGCUUCGCUGAUCUUCAGUGGCAAGUCCGAGGGAAGCAAGAUAUUUGCCCUAGAACUCAAGCGGGUUACUACCAGGUGGCUCAGUUUCCAGACGCUUAAGCUCAAGAGCGCUGGGCCUAGGCCGAAAGGCAGGCUUCUCAGCAAAGCUGAAUAUCAGGCUCCCGAGGAAGGGCAGGAAUCAGUCCAUAUCGAGGACAUGAUGCUGGAGAAAAUCAGCGGCGAGGAACUGGCAGUCAUUGGAGAAUGCAUGUAG